AUGUCGGUUCUGUUCACUGCGCUGCGGCGCGGGGCUGUCGAGGCGUCCUCAGCGUCGAGCAGCUCGCGCCUGUUCUCGAGUUCGGCGGUUGUGGGCGAGUCUGCGCGCAAGGUUGCCGCGAAGCGCAAGAAGCAGAAGGUGCUCGAGGGACGGCGGGAGGCUGCUGCGCACGCGGAGGCGACGCGCGCGGACCUCAUCCUCGGCUCGCCGCUGAACCUGGGCCCGUCGGCGCUGUACGAGGGCAGCCGGCUGCAGAAGGUCGUGCUCAAGCCCGAGGACGUGUGGUACACGCCGCCGCCGGACUAUGCGUCUGGCCAGGAGCCAGAAAACUACCUCUACGGCCUGUCGCCGGCUGACCGGGAGCUGCUCUUUGGCGCUCUGCCCCACGCGACUGCUGAGCUCGCUUACGACCCCGAGCGGCCGGCCAAGAGCGCGGCCCAGGCCGCGGAGCAGCACCAGCAGACGCAGACGCUGCAGCGUAUCCUGGACUUGCGCAAUGCCUCGCGCGCAGGCAUCGAUGCGGUGAACAGGCAGCGCAUCAUUGAGGAGUUUGGGCGCAAGACCGAAUCGGGCGGUGUCGACAGUGGCAGCUCAGAGGUGCAGGCCGCACUCAUCACGCACAAGAUCCGCAACCUCUGGGAACACGUCGAGCAGAACAACCGCGACAAGCACAACCGCCGCGCACUCCGCAUUCUCGUCCACAAGCGCGCCAAGAUCCUCAAGUACUUCAAGCGGAAACACGAGCACCAGUACGACGCCCUCCUCAAGGACCUCGGCCUCGUCCGCUCCGCCGUCGAGGGAGAGCUCAUCGUCGGCAUGUAG